AUGCCUACAAAGCUCUAUUCUUCAAUCUUCCCAUCUAUCUUCUUUCUUUCCCUCAUUUUCCUCUUCCUUUACUCCACUUUCCUCCCUCUUUAUACCAAUAAUGACUCCUCUUCAUUGCCCACUAACAAGUUCCUUCCUUCAUCCUCUCCUCCUUGUAACCUUUUCAAGGGCCAUUGGGUUUUAGACUCCACCAAAGGCAAGCCUUUCUACGAUGGCACUUGCCCCUUUCAUCGAAACGCCUGGAAUUGUCUUAAGAACAAGAGGGACAACAUGGGGAUAAUCAAUUCCUGGAAAUGGGUACCCAAAGAUUGCAAAUUGGAGAGGGUUGAUCCCUGGAGGUUCUUGGGUUUGAUGAGGAAUAGGAAUAUUGGGUUUGUUGGGGAUUCUUUGAAUGAGAACUUUUUGGUGUCUUUUUUGUGCAUUCUUAGAGUGGCUGAUGAAGGUGCUAAAAAGUGGAAGAAAAAGGGUGCUUGGAGAGGAGCUUAUUUUCCCAAGUAUAAUGUCACGGUUGCCUAUCAUAGGGCUGUCUUGCUUGCCAAAUACAAGUGGAAUCCGAAACAAUCUGUGGUUUCUGAUGAAGAUGAACUAAAAGGAAUAUACCGAGUGGAUGUAGAUAUUCUGGCAGAUGAAUGGAGCAGCAUUGCUGACUUUUAUCAUGUUCUUGUUUUUAACACUGGGCAUUGGUGGGGCUAUGAUAAAUUCCCAAAAGAGACACCUCUUGUCUUUUAUCGGCAUGGACGACCAAUAAGUCCCCCAUUGGGAUUAUUGAAUGGCUUUAAAGUUGUUCUUGAAAUUAUGGUUCACCACAUUCAAAAGGAGGUUCCUAAGAACACUCUCAAGUUCUGGCGGUUGCAAUCACCAAGACAUUUUUAUGGUGGCGAUUGGAAUCAAAAUGGUAGUUGCUUGUUUGACAGACCCCUUGAAGAAGACCAGCUUGAUUUGUGGUUUGAUCCCAGCAACAAUGGAGUGAAUAAGGAAGCAAGGACACUUAAUCAUCUAAUCAAAGAGGCAGUGCAAGGCACAGAUAUUCAGUUACUUGAUCUGACUCAUUUGAGUGAGUUUAGAGCAGAUGCCCAUCCGGCAAUUUGGUUAGGAAAGAAGGAUGCUGUGUCGAUUUGGGGCCAGGACUGCAUGCAUUGGUGCCUACCUGGUCUUCCCGAUACAUGGGUUGAUAUACUGGUGCAACUAAUCCAUAAUAGCUUCGAGACAGGAUGACGAAAUGUGAAGAGAAUCUUACCAAAUUGUUUAAAUAUUCACCUUGGAUAAUUUCCAAACAACUUCCACUGCGUGCAUUGGAUACAACGUUAUGUGAGAACGUGAAUGCCGGAUACAGGUAAAUGCCUGAUUAAUGAGAGUUCGCUGUUUGUAAAUUGAACCCUGAAGCCUGUAGCAUAUCCUUUUAUGGGUGUUUUUGAAUUUUUUUUCUUUUGUUUGGGUUUUGCGGUUGAGGUUUGUGUCUCAGUGACAUGUUAGAUGUUAAUUAAGCUUGAGAGUGCAGGCGAAGAUGGCCGGAAGGUGAGCUGAGAAAUUCAUCUACAGUCUAUAGGUUUAACAUUCAAAUAUGUAGAAGGAAUACCCUUCUUUUUUUUACUCAUUCAUUUGAUUCUGUUUAUGCCUUCAACGUUUCUGAAGUUUGAAAAUGAAAUGUUAGUAGUGCAGCUAAUUGUUGUAA